UGUGGGGCCCACUCGAACAGUUUAUUUUCAGCCGCUCCGCUUUGUCCUCUCGUCCGUCCCCAUUCUCACAGCAGACCCCUUCUCCGUCUCUCCUUCCCGUUUUCACUCCCUCUCCACUCUUCCGUCCGCCGCUACUCUUAUCCUCCGCACCCUCUCUCCUUCCCUCCGACUUGCACUAGCCUGCGCCGCUGUUCGUCUCUGUAGCGCUCGUUCGUAACCUGCGCAUCCCCAUUUCCUCUCUCGUUUCCUAGAGAGAGAGAGAGAGAGAGAGAGAGAGAGAGAGUUGGGGGUUUUGGGAAUGAGAUUGGGGUUAGGGUUUGUGUGGUUUUCUCUACAAGAAUGAAGAUCUCUUGGUUUCUAGGGUUCGUUUCUUGGUAGAAGAGUUGGAUUUCCAUGGCGGGAAGUAACGAGAUUAACGUAAAUGAAUCCAAGAUGGUUGUCCCACUCAAUACCUGGGUCCUCAUUUCCAACUUCAAGCUGGCAUAUAAUCUCCUCCGUCGCCCAGAUGGGACCUUCAACCGUCACUUGGCCGAAUUCCUUGACAGGAAAGUCUCUGCCAAUGCGACUCCGGUUGAUGGGGUCUUCUCCUUCGAUGUCAUCAUUGAUCGCCCAACAAGCCUCUUGAGCCGUAUAUACCGCCCUGCCCCUAACGCUGCCCAACCGGGCAUCCUUGAAGUCGAACAGACUGCCAGCUUCACUGUCUUCCCUGUCAUCAUCUUCUUCCAUGGUGGCAGCUUUGCGCACUCAACUGCCAACAGCGCCAUAUAUGACACCCUUUGCCGUCGCUUUGUGGGUUUUUGCAAGGCUGUUGUGGUAUCUGUGAAUUACCGGCGGUCCCCCGAGAACCGGUAUCCAUGUGCUUAUGACGAUGGAUGGGCUGCACUAAAGUGGGUGAACUCACAGUCCUGGUUACGGAGUGGAAAGGACUCCAAAGCUCACGUGUUUUUAGCUGGGGACAGCUCAGGAGGUAACAUCGUGCACCAUGUUGCAAUGCGAGCUAUGGAAUCAGGGAUUGAUGUAUUGGGGAACAUACUCCUCAACCCCAUGUUUGGUGGGGAGAAGAGAACAGAUUCAGAGAGAAGAUUUGACGGGAAAUACUUUGUAACUAUUCAAGACCGGGACUGGUAUUGGAAAGCCUUUCUUCCUGAAGGGGCAGAUAGAGACCAUCCCGCGUGUAACCCAUUUGGUCCCAAUGGUGUAAAGCUCAAAGGCCUACCAUUUCCCAAAAGUCUAGUUGUUGUGGCAGGCCUUGAUCUCCUCCAAGACUGGCAGUUGGCUUACGUAGAAGGGCUCAAAGAGGCUGAGCAAGAUGUGAAACUCAUCUAUCUUGAGCAGGCAACAAUUGGGUUCUACUUUCUGCCAAACAACGACCAUUUCUAUAGUGUAAUGGAGGAGAUAAAGAACUUUGCGUGCAGUAUAUAAGAUGUGUACUACUUCCAUUGUCAUCCAUUUUGGGUGCAGGGCAUGUGUUGUAUCUGUGAAGGCUUGGUUUUCAGCAGUUUCAGCUUGAUCAGUAAUCCACAUGCGUUAUUGGGUUUUUGGGCAUUGAGCAUGUUAGUUUCAGGUUACUGGCUCUGUUGAAGCUGCUAUUGAUGAUGGGUUUUCCGGGGGGCCGCCGAAGUUAGGUUAUUACCUUCUAACAUCCAGCUGGUCACGAAGAAGCAAAGGAUUUGAGAGGAGGGUAGCAUAUUCAGUGGUGGAUCAAACAGUGCCUGACUAAUGUUAAGAGCUAAUUUCAGGACAUGGGAAACAUCCAUGGUGUUGUGAAAUAUAUAUAUUAUACUUGUGUUUUAUAAUUGUUAUGAAGAUGUUUGCUUAUUGUUGACACGAUGUUUAUUUGAUAAAGAGUGUAUUGGUUUUUCUUC